CUUUCCAGGGAGCCCAGUUAGUCAGCUGCAGGCAAAGGUUCCGAUGCGUCUGUUUAUAGUGCUGAGUGUUUGUGUGGCGUUAGCUUCCGCCGGAGGUUACGGCGGUGGAGGCGGAGGUGGUGGUGGUGGACACGCCGGAGCAUCCGCUUCCUCGUCCGCUUCUGCCGGUGCGAUUGGCGGCGGUGAUGGAGGCGGUAAGCUCGGCGGAGGUUAUGGAUCUGGUGGUCACGGUUCUGGAGGACUUGGAUCUGGCGGUUUCGGCUCUGGCGGUGAUUUAGGACUUGGAGGCGGCGGUGUCGGAGGAGGUCCCUUCGCAGGUGGCCAUGCUGGCGGUGGAGUGAUCUCCGGCGGAGGUCAUUCUGGAGGUGGAGGCGGAUUCGGUGGCGGUCCCGGAUUCGGAUCAGGUGGUCAUUCCGGUGGAGGAAUCGGUGACGGCCCUGGAUUUGGAUCAGGUGGAUAUUCCGGAGGAGGUGGCGGAAUCGGCGGUGGAGGUGGCCAUUCUGGUGGAGGUAGCGGAAUCGGUGGCGGCCCUGGAUUUGGUGGCGGAAUCGGCGGCGGAGGUGGCCAUUCUGGUGGAGGCGGUGGAAUCGGCGGCGGUCCUGGAUUUGGUGGAGGAAUCGGCGGAUCCGGUAGCUCUGCAUCAUCUUCAGUUGGAGUUAUUGGUGGAGGUCAUGGCGGCGGAGGUCACGGCGGAGGAGGCUUCGGACCUGGUGGAGGAGGUGGAGGAGGCUUCGGACCAGGUGGAGGAGGCUUUGGACCCGGCAUUGGAGGUGGCGGUGGAGGCUUUGGCCCCGGCAUUGGAGGCGGAUCCGGUGGUGGACACUUUGGUGGUGGUCUUAGCCACAAGCACAAAGGCCAUGGAGGCGGAGGCGGCUUCAAAGGCGGAUACGGCGGCGGCGGCGGCGGAGGCGGAGGCGGCGGUGGCGGCUACGGAAUUGGACCUGCAGUCUCCUUAGGUGGCGGACCAGGCGGUGGUGGUAGCUACGGAGGUGGCUACGGAGGUGGCUCCGGAGCCUCUGCUUCAGCCAGUGCCAGUGCCUCAGCAGGAGCAGGCGGCGGCUAUCAUGGCUAGUCUGGAUUACCCAAAGCCCAAUAUACCUGUAAUUCUCCCAGUGGCUUAAAGUAUUACAUCAAAACCGAUCAAAUAUAGUUUUUGUACUCAAC